AUGAGACCAAACCCGAGCACACACCAGGGGCUCAAGUUUCAGAGAUAUGAGAGAAAAUCCCCAAAGGCCAGGGGGCUUUUUGCAAAAGCCCCGUUGUCUUCUUCCUCCUGCCGAGCGGGGAGCUGCGUGCCCUGCCCGGUGCCCCGCGCUGCCACCUCCUCGCUCGUCGCCGUGGUGAGCGAGGAGACCACCCCGAGCCCGCACGCCUCUCCUCUCCUCGUCCCUAUCCUCCCCCUGGCGCCCCCUCUCUUUUUCCCUCCUCUCUGCAAGCGAGCGCGCCCGAAACCCUACCUCCGGCCAUCGCCGCCCCUGCCGCUACGGCCAUCCCCGCGCCCGGCCGAGCAGCCUAGAAGGUCCGCCGUGGAGUCCUCGUCCAUUCCCGCCAACCAGCGCAGGCCGAGGUGGCUCGAAGCGAGCGAAUCGAGCUCCACCUCCGUCGCCGGCCAUCGCCUCUCGCCGGCGAUUCCGGCCACCUCCGGCGACGCCGUCUUCACCGGCGUGCCCAGGGCAGGGAGCUGCGUGCCCUGCCCUGGUGCCCCGCGCUGCCACCUCCUGCUCGUCGCCGUGGUGAGCGAGGAGACCACCCCGAGCCCGCACGCCUCUCCUCUCCUCGUCCCUAUCCUCCCCCUGGCGCCCCCUCUCUUUUUCCCUCCUCUCUGCAAGCGAGCGCGCCCGAAACCCUACCUCCGGCCAUCGCCGCCCCUGCCGCUACGGCCAUCCCCGCGCCCGGCCGAGCAGCCUAGAAGGUCCGCCGUGGAGUCCUCGUCCAUUCCCGCCAACCAGCGCAGGCCGAGGCGGCUCGAAGCGAGCGAAUCGAGCUCCACCUCCGUCGCCGGCCAUCGCCUCUCGCCGGCGAUUCCGGCCACCUCCGGCGACGCCGUCUUCACCGGCGUGCCCAGGCCUGAAAUACCCUGA